ACAGAAAAAUUAAAGAAAUAUCCUGUGGCUUUCUGUGUUUUUAUUUUCAUUGUUGAUGGUAUAAAGAAAUAAAAAAGACAAUUCCAUGCACUAAUAAUGUCAUUUGGUUGUGUUGUCCUCUUUUCUUUAAUGAUUAUUAUUAAAAAUUCCAAAGUACAAUCAGUAAUUGUUGAGUGGUGUGAUUUUGAGGGUGAUGCAAAUAAAAAUUCUAAAAAGAAAUUGAUGUUUCAUGUUUUGAAAAGAGAUUUUGAUGCGGGUGGAUUACGGCAUUGAUCAUAGUUACGGCGAUUGAGCUUUAAAGAGAGAGAGUGAGAGAGUUGAAAAUUACAUUGGCUGAAUGAGAGAUUCUGUCCACCUGUGUUACGUACGUUCAGAGUGAAUUUUCCCACAAUUAUUAGUUGUGUCACCCAACAGUUUUAUGUGCUUUGCAACUCUUUUGAUGAAGGUUGAAAUGUAGACCAAGAAAAAAAUCGUCAAAAUAAACGCAAAUAGAGAUCAAAUCUAUUCAAAAUUUGGAGUGCAAUAUUCGGUCCAACUCACGAACGUACGUAACAACUAAAAAAACGGACCGUGGCGUCCGCGAAUAUGACGCAUGGAUAAUCCACGUAUCAGUCAAGUGAACCAAGGCACUGCAACGUUUGAUUGUACUUGCAAUCCAUGCGCUGACUUCUACAAUCGCGGGGCCGUGUAGCUCUAUAUAACUUCUGUCCAGUUUGUGCGUACGUUCACGGUUGCUGGUAGUUAGAACGACACGUACGCACGAUGGACAGAAAUGCUAUUCGGUCUUAUUUACGUACGUUUUUUCGCGGGGUUUCGUGAGCAGCAGACGACAUCCGAUCGUAAUCAUUGGAGUAUCAACUCAACAUUAGAUUAGAUCUAGGCUUUGAAAAUCGUGGAAUGGUGCAACCGCAACCCAAUUUAGCUGCAGAUGAUACCCAGAAUGAUGUGAUGACCACCAGACCAACUGGAGAUGAUACCCAGAAUGAUGUGGAGAUCACCGCCGACAGACCAGUGGCAGAUGUUCACCAAGCAGCCGAUGAGUACCAAUGUGGAGACUUUGUAUUGAUCAAUAUAGAUCUAUCAGUCGGCAAACGUGGAAAAAUUCUGGAAUACGUUGGAGAAGUGAAAGAUGUUGUGGGAGAAGAUCUUGUCAUCAAGUACAUGGCCAAGUCGGAGUCUCAUCCGGGGCUAUUUAUAUGGCCAGCACGUGAGGAUGUGUCUCAGGAAUGUAGAAAACAGAUAGUGAAGAAAAUGCCUAACCCUGUCCUUCGGGAAGACAUCAGCAGCACUAGAUUACAAUUUUUCACCUUUGCAGAACUCUCCCCAGAAUCAUGACUUGCUCCAUACAAUUUAUGAAUGUCUUAUUACUCAUAGAUUGGUUAAUAAUGAAUCGAGUCAUUCCAACUUCUUCAGAGAACUUGUGUAAAGUCCAGCACACCCGAUAUCGUCCCAAACCAUCGGUUUUAAAAUCCUUACAAUAUUCUCUGACUCUCGUGUAAGAGGAAAACCUAGAACUGCGUGUAUUGAUGUUAAAAAGGAGACAUGAUUAAAUGGCUGGAUCGUGCUAAUUUAUUGUUCUCACGUUGUACUUCAGUAAGGUUUUAAUCACCU